AUGGCGCCGCCGGCCAGCACCGACGAGCCCGCGCGCCACAAGAAGGCCAAGAAAUCCAAGCUCGACAACGAAGAGAAGAAGCACAAGAAGAGGGACAAGGUGCGCGCCGCCACAGAGGGCGCCCCGGUCCCCGACGCCGCCGAGCGCAAGAAGCGCAAGCACAAGGACGAGCGCGAGGAGAAGCGGGACGGCAAGAAGUCCAAGAAGGAGCGGAAGCCCGAGGGAAAGGGAGCGGAAGCCGAGGCCGCCGAUGGGAGGGACGAGAAGAUGAGGCGGGCGAUGGAGGACGAGCGGUUCGCGGCGGCGCGGACGGACCCGCGGUUCUGGCCGAUGCGGAGGAAGGAGGCCAAGGUGGCGCUGGACUCGAGGUUCAGCAGCAUGAUGACGGACCCGAGGUUCGCCUCGUCGGCCGCGCCCGUGGACAAGCGCGGGAGGCGCCGCAAGAAGCGCGAGAACCCUAUGCUGGAGUACUACCUCAACCAAGAGGACUUGGAGGAGAAAGGGAAAGGGAAAGGGAAAGGGAAGGGGAAGAAGGAGAAACCGGAGCUUGUUGAAGAGGAGGAGGAAGAUGAAGAGGACGUAGAGGAGCAGGAGGAAGAGGAGAGCUCUAGCAGCGAUGACGACGAAGAUGAAGACUUGGAUGACGACGACGAGUGCUCUGUUGGCAGUGACAUUGCUCAUUACUUAAUGGGAAGGCAUGAUGAUACACCUAUGAUUGACAAGGAAACUCACAGGCUUGCUGUUGUUAAUAUGGACUGGGAUCAUAUUAAGGCAGUUGACCUGUAUAUGGUGAUGACUUCUUGCCUCCCAAAGGGUGGCCGAGUUUUGUCGGUCUCAAUCUAUCCAUCAGAAUUUGGACUGAAGUGCAUGGAAAUUGAGUCAACACAGGGCCCAGCUGCUCUGGUCAAUGCCAAUGUUGAUAAAAAAGACAGUGAUGAAGAUGAGGAUGACAAGGAUGAUGAUGAAGAGAACACUGACGAUGAUGUUGUUGAUGAUGAUGAAGAAGAAGAGGAAGUUGACUCCGACAAAGAGAACAACAAGCUGCGUGCUUAUGAGCUAAACAGACUCAGGUAUUACUAUGCAGUUGUGGUGUGUGAUUCCAGCGCAACAGCAAAUCACCUGUACAUGACUCUUGAUGGGACCGAGUUCUUGAAAACAGCAAAUGUGUUUGAUUUGCAGUUCAUUCCUGACUCUAGGGAGUUCAAACACCCUGCUCGAGACGUCGCUACAGAGGCACCUCCGAAUUACAAGGAACCUGAUUUCGAGACUCGUGCUUUGCAACAUAGCAGAGUUAAGCUCACCUGGGAUGAUGAUGAACCUGAACGUAAGAAAGUCUUGAGGCGAAAGUUCACUGAUGAUCAGCUAGAUGAGCUUGACAUGUAUUUAGCAAGUGAUGGCAGUCGUCAGAUGAUGAAAGUGUAG